UACACAUUAAGCCACAUUAUAUGGCUGCAACGCUGCUUCAAACGGCUGGAUCGCUUCCUCUUUAUGUGAUCUGCUUCUGCUAACUCCCCACUCUCAGUCCUGACCGGCGCACAGGAAUGGAGCACCAAAUGGAAAGCCAGAGAGGAAAGGUCGCCAGCAAAGAUAACUUGAUAUCUGAGUCACGCACAGGGUCUCUAGGGUGCAUCGGCUGGUUCAUCGUCAUCCUCUCUGGCCUCUUCUCGUUUUUGCUCUUCCCCAUCACAAUCUGGUUUUGCUUGAAGAUUGUUCAGGAGUACGAGCGGGCUGUCAUCUUCAGACUGGGCCGCAUCACAGACAGGAAACCAAAAGGACCAGGAAUUUUCUUCAUUUUGCCAUGCACUGACUCCUUUGUGAAAGUGGAUUUGAGAACCGUUUCAUUUGACAUCCCACCUCAAGAGAUUCUGACUAAGGACUCAGUUACUGUUUGUGUGGACGGGGUGGUGUACUUCCGGGUCAAUGACCCCAUCGCCUCUGUAGCCAAUGUGACUAACGCUGACUUUUCCACCCGGUUGCUGGCUCAAACCACCCUCAGAAAUGUUCUGGGUACUAAGAACCUCGCUGAGGUCUUGUCUGACCGUGAGGGCAUCGCUCACAGCAUGCAGUCCAAUUUGGAUGAAGCCACAGACAACUGGGGCAUCAAGGUGGAGCGAGUGGAGAUCAAAGAUGUGAAGCUGCCCGUUCAGCUGCAGAGAGCCAUGGCUGCUGAAGCGGAGGCUGCUCGAGAGGCCAGAGCAAAGGUUAUUGCAGCCGAGGGGGAGAUGAAUGCGUCCCGUGCCUUGAAGGAAGCGUCCCUCGUGAUAGCGGAGUCUCCAUCAGCUCUGCAACUUCGCUACCUGCAAACCCUCAACACCAUCGCUGCAGAGAAGAACUCCACCAUCAUCUUCCCUCUGCCCAUCGACGUCCUGUCUCACUUUGUCCGAAAGUGAGGUUGCUGUAGAGAUGCAAGGGGUUCGUGUCUGUGGCUUGUGCUCUGAGAAGAGUGCAAUAAACUGUUGUGGUUGCAUGACUUUUAUCAAGAGUAUUCAUAUGGGCCCUUUUUAUGUGUUUUAUUGCCAAGGCCUUGCUAAUAGUAGUGUAACCUAAAUGGAAUUAGGGAAAACUUGGAAAUUGUCUUAAAUAGAUGGAAUUAAAAUGUUAAAAUGUC